CGACGACGUCACAUGGGUGCGUGCGCACGUUCUCACCAUCGGGCAACACACGACUCGACUGAAGAGGGGGAGGCGGUUCCAUCGCCCCGCGCAUUGCCACACGGUAACUGCUGGGGCGCGAGCGGGUGAGAGUGAAAGACCGGGAUCAGUGCCAGCCUGCCCCUGUCAGCCUUGCCACGCGCGCGCACACACGCGAUUGCUCGUGCGCAACUUUCCGCGUGUCUCGCACACCUCCUGCCGAGGAUGGUGCCAGCUGAGAAAAUUAACACCCGUUUGGGGCGGCCCUGGGCGGGCGCUGCAAAGCCUGUGAAGGCAAGAAUGGAGGAAAGUGCGUAGCUCUCCGCCUGGCAGGGGACUCCUUCUCGCGCCAUGGCCACCUGGGGGCUCGCAGUUUGAGGCGCCUUCGUGUGUGAGAAAGAUUGAUGAAUUUCUUGCUGAAUCUCUGCAUACCCACUGUACUUAAUCUGUGAAGCUUAUGCUUAAAAUGCUAUUUGAAGAUGCAUAACCUGGUGGUACAAAUAUCUUGUAAAAACUCCCUAAUCACUGUAAUGCUUUUUUGAAGAUAUGAUUACAGGGUGAUGAGCACGAUGGAAAAACUACUAGAACUUUGAAAUAUUUUGGGUUAAUAUUAGACCAGUUUCAACAGUUUCCAUAAUGGAGAAGCAGCCAGUUGUGUUUGGGAAGGAGGAUAGUGGGACGGCAUCAGGUACAACUCCUGCUUUUUAUGUCCUCGUGAAACAGCCACAGACCACUGGGAAAGCCGAUCAAGGAGCCUUGGCUUCAAAUCGAGAUGACGCUGGUCUUGCCAGCAGUACAGCAACACCAAUGAAAUCUAAAGUGAAGACCUGCCUUCCGGCAGAUUGUACCUCGGGAGGCACUACUGUCACUUUGGACAACAAUAGCAUGUGGAACGAAUUCUACCAUCGCAACACAGAAAUGAUUCUGACUAAGCAGGGAAGGCGGAUGUUCCCCUACUGUCGAUACUGGAUAACUGGCCUAGAAUCCAGCCUGAAGUACAUCCUGAUCAUGGAUAUUUCUCCUGUCGACAACUUCCGCUAUAAGUGGAAUGGCCAUAGUUGGGAGCCGAAUGGGAAAGCAGAACCCCAUGUGCUGGGACGGGUGUUCAUUCACCCAGAAUCGCCUUCUACUGGCCACUACUGGAUGCACCAGCCAGUGUCUUUCUAUAAACUCAAACUUACUAACAAUACCUUGGACCAGGAAGGGCAUAUUAUUCUGCACUCCAUGCACCGCUAUCUACCUCGACUACACCUAGUGCCUGCUGACAAAGCCACAGAGGUUAUACAGUUGAAUGGUCCAGAUGUCCACACCUUCACCUUCCCACAGACAGAAUUCUUUGCUGUGACGGCGUAUCAAAACAUCCAAAUUACACAGCUGAAAAUAGACUAUAAUCCAUUUGCAAAAGGGUUCAGGGAUGAUGGGCUGAGCAGUAGGCCCCAACGUGAUAUGAAGCAAAAUGGUAGCUCAGAACAGGAAGGAGGCAGUGUUACUAGUUCUCCCAGCAAUCACAGGCAUCUCUCUGAAGCUGAUAUUUUGGAUCCAGAGCAGAGGGAACUAGAGCUACCACUCAGUGGGAUGUGUAAUACUAAUUUGGAGAAAGCAUCAUUCAGUCCAGAACAUGACUUCCUGGAUUUUAUGGAGACAGAUAUGCAUGAUUGUGAUAGUCCACUCUUAAAGCAGGAAGCAUGUGAAAGUCCAAUAGAUAGCCCUUGUCAAAGCAAUUCUCCGGUGGCAUCCUCACUGAACUCGAAUGGAGGCAUCAAUGUUGUUGUUAAAGAGGAACCAAUAGAUGACUAUGAUUAUGGGCCAACUGUGAAUGUGGAAGGAAUAAAUGUGAAGCCAGAAGAAGCAGAUAAAGAGAGAGAAGAAUAUUUCAAUGGUGGUGAUUCCAUGCCAGAGAAGCAGCCGGAAAAGCACAGUGAAAUGGUUGGAACGGAAGUAGAAACUGAAUCCCAUAAGCGACCACAGAGCAGCCAGCUGGGAGUCGCCAAAGCAAAAAUGUUAAAACUGGAUAGUGGGAAGAUGCCUGUAGUCUAUCUAGAGCCUUGUGCAGUCACCAGAAAUACAGUAAAGAUCUCUGCUCUGUCACAGAGCAUGUUGUCACCUUCAAAGAGUGAUAAUUCUCAUUUGAGCCUGUCAGUGGAUUCUUUGCCAAAUUGUUUUGAAAAUGAUGAUAUAUCUAGCCCCUUUACAACAAGGGAAAUGGAGGAAAAGCCAGUUGAAAAACAGUUAUCUGGAAAUAAUGUGCCACAAAGAUGUUCUUCAUUCAGAGAUGAGUUGUGGGAGAAUACUGAAACAUAUAGCACCCUCACCAUAACACAGAGAGCGUCUAGUGAUAAUCUCAAGCCCACUGCAUACAUUGGCCCCACUUCAGCUAAAGAGAUCUCUAGCGUGGGGAAACCAGGUGCACUAAAAAAGCAUGUGUCUCACAUGAGUAUUGUUUGUAACCAAAACAUUGCACUGCCAGGGCCACGUAAAAGAGGAAGACCACGGAAAAUAAAGUCCUCAGAGGUUGGGCAACCACCUAAAUAUACUGGAAAGCCAGUCACGGCAAGCAAUUAUGCCUCUUUGGGGCCUGGCGCUACCCACUUGGAUGUUAAACCGGAUCUUGAGGAUGUGGAUGGAAUGCUCUUUGUUUCCUUUGCCUCAAAGGAAGCUCUUGAUAUCCAUACUGUUGAUAGAGCUGAAGAAAAAGAAAAAUUGUCAAAUAUACAAACUCCUACACUGGCUGCAUGUGAGCCAUCUAUUGAUCCAGUUGAUCAAAGGAUACAACAGCUAGAAAAAGAACUGUUGGAAGACUUGAAAUCUUUUAAAUAUAAGCAAGUAAUACAUCCUAGUCUUCAGGAAGUGGGACUAAAGCUGAAUUUUGUGGACCCAACAAUGAGCAUUGAUCUAAAAUAUUUAGGAGUGCAGCUGCCGCUAAGUUAUUCAAAUGACUGCAUUUCGUGGAAAACCCUAGGGACCGAUUCCAGCUGUCCUGAUUCGGGGCUUCCUUUUGUUUCCAGGACAGGGAAAACAAAUGACUUCACAAAGAUAAAAGGAUGGCGAGGGAAGUUACACAGUAGUUCAAAAAAUGAAGGUAGCUCUUUAGAAGGCUCCUUGAAGAACCGAUCUGCCUUCUGCAGUGACAAGCUUGAUGAAUACUUGGAAAAUGAAGGGAAGCUGAUGGAAACAAGCACGGGAUUCUCUCCUAGUACAUCCAGUUGUCCUGUGGUUUACCAACUUCCAACGAAAAGCACCAGCUAUGUACGGACACUAGAUAGUGUUCUAAAAAAGCAAUCCAUCAUUACUCCAUCCAGCUCUUGUACUUUCAAGCCUCUUUCUGUGCCUUCUGUCUCUGGAAAGAAGAAAAAGAAAAUUAAGAAUAAAAAACCAGCAGUCUCUAAAGGUAAAGGAAAGCCACCCCACAAGUCUGCAGUACCUUUACCUACUGUAACAAAGCAGAAAGACAGCUUAUCAGUAUUGAAAGAGAAAGUCACUAAACCUCAGCCAAAUAGUGAAGCAGCUAAUGAGAUAGAUGCUCUUGUGGUAUCAGGCAUAGAAGAACAUGCUCAGGGAAAACAGAUCCCUGUGCGUCAGGCACAGCAGCAACAGCAGAGUAGUCGUCUGUCAAGUUUAUCCAAGACUCAGUUGAAGCUGAUGGACUUGGAGGAUUGUGCAUUGUGGGAUGGUAAGCUACGGACCUAUAUUACUGAAGAGCGAGCAGACUUAUCUCUAACAGCUUUACUCACUGCUCAGGCUUCACUCAAAAACAAACCUAUACACAAAAUAAUCAAAAGGCGAGCACCACCAUGCAACAAUGACUUUUGCCGGCUUGGAUGUAUCUGUUCUAGUUUAGCUCUAGAGAAUCGUCGGCCUACGCAUUGUCGCAAGCCUGACUGCAUGUUUGGCUGCACUUGCCUCAAGAGAAGGGUGCUCCUAGUUAAAGGAGGUUCCAAACGUAAGAAAGUCCUGGAGAAGCCUCUUCAUGGAAGGCAUAGGUUGCAUAGUGGGAAAGAGCAGGAACAGUUGGAGAAGGAGACAGAGCAAGAAGAGGAGCAAGAGAAACAGAAACUGAAAGAUAAGAAGAGAAGGAAAAAGGUGGAAUACACCAUCUGUGAUACGGAACCAGAAAAACCUGUUAAGAACUUCCCUUUAUGGGUGAAAGUAGAUGGAGAAAUGGAUCCAGAACCAGUUUAUAUCCCAACACCAUCAGCUGUUGAACCAACAAAACCUGUGAUGCCCCCUGUUGCAGAGGUCUUACCUUCUGAUAACCAGCCGGCGUCCAGUGAAGUCAAGACUGUGUCCAGUGGAGUCAAGCUAGGGCGAGUGUAUACACCCAGACCUAACCCAGUGAUUCAAGAGGAGGAUAAGGACCCUGUCUAUUUGUAUUUUGAAAGUAUGAUGACCUGUGCUCGUGUUCGAAUAUAUGACCGCAAGGUAGAGGAGAAAAAGCAACAGCAAAAGUGCUCAUGGAAUUCUGAAAAAUAUGUUGAAAAGGAACAUGUUUCUGAACCUCAGCUUCUUAGAAUGGAAGAGCAUAAAGAAUCUGGAAAUAAAAGCUGGUGGUUUUCCUGUAGUGCAGAGGAUCCAUCCACUUCCUAUGUACAUCACAUCACUCCAGGUGGGACAAUGAAACUAAUUGAGAUUGUUUCUGAUUGCAACUGGGAGGAGGAUCGCGAUGAGAUCUUGAAUACCUUAUCACAGCACAUCAAGAGUAAGAUGCCAAAGUCCCUCAAAGUAGGAAAUUUUGCUAUUGAACUAGAAUCUGAGGGCAAAACCUGGGAUGAGAAGAAUACACCCAUCUAUUCUUCCCGAGUGAAAAUCUCCAUGUCAUCUUGCCAAAACAAGGGUGAAAAGGCUCACAUCUCUGUUUCAGAAACUCCUAAUAAUAGCAUCUCACCAUGUAAAACCACAGAAAAAAUAACCUCCUUAACCCCUGGCAUGUUACGAGAUCAGAGGAAGAAAGGCUUACCUUUUUAUGCUGGACUUUCUCAUGCAGGAAAGCUGACUGCCUAUACAUGCAAAUCUGAUUUGAAUCCCUCAUUUUUGAUUCAGGUUAAUGGUAAAAACUAUCCUCAGGCCAAACUGCUUUUGGGACAGAUGGGAGCCUUGCAUCCAGCUAAUCGACUAGCUGCUUAUAUCACAGGCAGGCUGCGACCAACGGUGCUUGACCUCUCAACAGUUAGUACUGUGAUUUCAAAGGUAGCAUCCAGUGAUAAACUUGCUGCUCGUGAGCCACAGGCAGCUGAAGCAUCCACAACAGAAACUCACAAAACACCAUUUUCCAGCAGCACUACAGUAGCUUCUACUGGGAAAACCCUAUAUACUUAUGUCCCAGCAAAAAGACGAAUAGCUGCUCGGCCAUUGGAAAGUGUGCCCUCUCAGUUGGUAAUGAGUGCAGUUGGAGCUCUGCAGCAGAAGAUUCCUGGAAUUAAAAACCCCCAGCCUCUGACAGGACCGCAGAAAUUUAAUAUCAAGUCUACACCCCUCUCUGCUGGGACAACUACAGUUUCUACUACUAAUGUAGUAGAAAGUUUCACAGUUUCUACUGCUACUACUGAUGGUACUAUUCCUGUGGCAUUACCUGCUGUAACUACUACUAGCCCUACAGGAUGUAAUAAAGUUACCUACUCAUCUGGUAUUGCUCUAGCAAAUGCUAUUGGAAAACAUGAAAAUAGCACUGCAUCACCCACAGCUACUACAGCUACUGUCACAAUUACAAAAUCAACUGGAGUAGCUACGCCAGUUGCAACCAUUGCUUUUGCUAAGCCCGUAGUAGCUGCAUCAGCUGUUACUGUUCCAGUUUCUACAAUGUCUCUAUCCACGGUCUUGACUACAACUGCAUCCAUGGCCACAUUGACCACACCAACUUCAUCAGUAGCCGGCAUUCAUACUGGAUUCUCGGGAACUCAAAAAAGUCCUUUAUCAAAUCAAAAAUCAGGUGCUACAAGUCCUCCAGGAUUGUCUCCUAGAGCAGAGAAACGUAUGGGUCCACGGUUGCUUUUGAUUCCGGUACAUCAGGGUUCUCCUACUUUGAGACCUCCCCAAAACAUGCAACUUGCUCCAGGGAAGAAAGUGAUUUUGCAGCCCCUAAGGAAUCCUGGUGGUGUGAAUCUCUACCGUCAUCCCAAUGGGCAGAUUAUACAGCUUGUUCCCCUGCAUCAAUUUCAGCCUGCAGGACUCCAGCCCACUUUACCACCUGUUGUGUUCCGUAAUCCAGGAUCUGUUGUAGGAAUUCGGUUGCCUGGACCUUCAAAGCUUCCUGAAACACCUAUAAGUCAGUCCACUUCAGUUUCAUCUGCGACCCUAACCACCAUGGCUUCUUCAGUAUUGCCUGGGCCUCCUACUUUACCCUCACCUCCUACCACGAAGGAGUUGUCUGCACCCUCUUCUGCUCUGCCCACACCCUCUACCAUGGAGGCCCCUUUGGUGUUGUCUACACCCUCUUCUGCUCUGACCACACUCCCUACCUCGGAGGCCCCUUUGGUGUUGUCUGCACCCUCUUCUGCUCUGCCCACAUCCCCUAUCUCGGAGGCCCCUUUGUUAUUGCCUGUGCCCCCAAUGACUAAAGUUCCUUCUGUGUUGCCUGUUUCCACCAUCUCCGAGGCACCUUUGGUAUUGCCUGUGCCCCCAAAGACUGAAGUUUGUUCAGUGUUGCCUGUGCCCUGCACCUCUGAGGUGUCUUCCACUUUGCCUACAGCUUCUACCACUGAAGUGCCUUCCACUUCCCCUGUGCUCCCUACCAUAAACCAGACACUGCAGCCCAUUAAAUCUCUGCCUACAUCUCUUAGUUCAGCUACUUGCACAACACCUAUCGUACCUCCAGUACCAGUUCCUGUUUCACAAGCUAGUACUCUGACUCUGAGAAUUUUUCAUUCAGGAGUAGAAAGCAUUGCUACCAAUACAGACUCAAGUUCUAAAAUAACAUUCAGCACCAAUGGACAAUCUAAUCUAAUACCUCUUCAGUCUGGCAGUUUUGCCUUGCUUCAGUUUCCAGGACAGAAGAAUAUUCCAAGCUCCAUUGAGAAACAAGUUGCUUCCCUUAAGGUAAAGAAUACCAAUCAGAAAGAUGAUUGUAGUGCUGUUAAGGUAGAUGAAAAUACAUCUUGCUUGCAAGAGAUGACAGCCAUGGAAUUGGAGGUUGCAGCGUCUGAUGCAAAACCCAAAGAAAAUAAGUUACCUGCAAAUCAACCAGAGUCCCAUUCUGAAGAAACUAUGUAUGAUAGAAAUGAUGUUACAUCAAAGAUAACUGAGAAGGAUGCAAAAACUGUGGAGCAGUUAUUAAGUGGAGAUGCCAUAUUUCAACCUGACUUGGUUUCAUCAGAUUGCUCUUCUAUCGGUGAGAAACCAACAUGCAAGGAAAUUGAAGUGGUGACUGAGAAGAAACAGCAUGCUAAACUUCCUGAAGAUGUCCCAGAUGAUGUUUCAUAUAGUUCCAAGACUAUUUCCGAGGGAUCCAGUCAAACUGCAGUCCUUGCAUAUGAUACUUUAGAAGAGCAGAAAGUCACUAUGCAGUUAAGGAGCUCAACUGAAGGACACAAACACUCUGGAGCUGAACAGAUGCAGUUGGAAACAGAGGAGGGGGGAAUGAUUAAACAGUCCCAGAAACUAGGAGAUAAGCAAAAGGUACACAAGAACUGUACAGAGAUGCUGCUACAAAAUACUAAAUCUUCUCUGUGGGAGAACCAUGAUCUGGAACUGCUAGAAGGGAAGAGUACAGAAAAGAGUGACUCUGUGGCAGCUGAAAGGGACCAAGAAGAAAUGAAGAUCAAUAGUGCAAAGAACCAGAACAGUGCACAUGGAAACAAGCAUGUAGAUAGUACUCAAGAGUUCUUACAUAAAAUAAAUACCAAUUUUGAGGAGAAUUGCAAUCCCUCUAGCCAUAAAAAAAGUACUAUUGGUAUUCAGGAAGAUAAUCAAACUGUUAAGGACAAUCUUCUUCAUGACAGUAGAACUUGGAACAAAACAUCCAAGCAGUCAGCUGCUUUGGAAAACACAAAUAGUAUUGGUACUGAUGAGUAUGUGGAGAAACUUGCUAAAUGCACAGAACAGAAUACACUGAAAACCAGCCAUCACACUAAGAAUUCUACACCAAUUAUUGAUAUUACCAUGGACGAUGCAGAAAAAGAUGAAAGAACUGAUGAUUCUGCAGAUGAGGUUAUAUCUGGCUGUCAGAGUGAAGAUAUAGUAAAUGUUGAAGAACUGAAUGAAAGUGAAUCCAGUGAAGUUGAGGAAAAUGUGGACAUUGAGACUGUGGAGGAACUUUCAGAGAAAAUUAAUAUUGCUCGCCUGAAGGCUACGGCAGCUCAGGCCCUACUGUCAAAACAAUUGCACCUUGUUCGUGACCAUUCAAAUAAGGUGGUGGCUAAGACUCCUAAGCCCUCUGAGCUCUCAAACAAAAAGCCAAAGAAUGAGGAGGAAGCCUUUGCUAACUACCGCCAAACACACACAGCAAAUGAGCGUCGUCGUCGUAAGGAAAUGAGGGGACUUUUUGAAAAACUGAAGGCAACUCUAGGAUUGCAAAGCCUUCCCAAAGUUUCCAAGUGCUUCAUCCUCAAACAGGCAUUUGAAGAGAUUCAGGGGCUAACAGAUCAGGCAGAUAAACUCACAGGUCAGAAGAAUUUGCUGAUGCGCAAGCAGGACACCCUGAUUCGUAAAGUAUCUGCACUUUCAGGAAAGACACAGGAGGUAGUCUUGAAGAAACUAGAAUACAUUUAUGCAAAACAAAGAGCACUAGAAGCACAAAAGAAGCAGCAGCAGCAAGGAGAAUCUGUGAAGAUUGUUGAAACUGCAGAGACUGCUAGACCUUCUGUGGAAAACAGUCCUCCUUCGCUUUUUAGAGAGAUGAAACCAGUGACCAACAAGCGUACAAAGCCUUUGAUACUUUCCAGGAAAGGGAGCCGUGCCACAGAGGAGACACCUUCUCCUGUAACAUUAACUAAUGCUAGCUUAUUAAUGACUGCACAAGGCCAGGUUCUUGCAUUCAAGAGUUCCCUAGUGCCAGGACAGGUUGCCACCCUACCUUCUACACUCUUGCAGGCUGAACUCAAAUCAGAUGUUUGCAGCAGCAAUGGGACAACACCACCAGGUAUUGCUUCUGUGAUGAUUCAGUUGCCGGGUUCAUCAGUUCCAGUUCAGGUGAAAGGCAUCCUCCCUAAUGCAACUAUUCCCAUUACCUUGUCUGCUGUGGCCAAUAGCUCUGCCUCUCCAGCUAUAGAACCAUCUCCAGGGCUCACUUCAGAAACUGAAGACUUGUUUAUGAUGCCAAGAAUUGUAAAUGUGACAUCACUAGCUACUGAAGAAGAUACAAAUUUAAACCCAGGUGUAAAUAAGAAUCCAUAUAUAACCUCGAAUGCCAAUUCCCAGAUAUCUGAGCCUUCUUUGGAAGCAGUAUCAGAGGUAUCGACUGCUUUUCAGUCUGAAGAAAAAACUGAAACUUCUUGUGGAAAGGAGAGCAAUGUAACCAGAACUGUGCAAGAUUUUCUUGUGGGAAAAGACAGUUUUCCACAGAUAGUAAAUGUCUCUAGUUUAAAGGAAUCCUCUGAAUCCCUUGCAACAAAACUCUGCAUUGAAGAGUUAGCUGGGAGCCAGGCAACAGAAAAGCAAACUGACAAGGAAGGAGACGAGCAAAAGGCAAAGGAUUCUUCAGUUCAAAAGCUGCAGGCCAAGGAACCCCGAGACUCUGGGAUAGACAUGGAACUGCAAAAAGUAGCCUCUGUGAUCCAGGAAGCAGCAUUAGAUGCAAAUGACUUAAUGGACAUAGAGGAGAAUGAUGACACUGAUGAAACUCUCACCUCGCUUCUGAAUGAAAUUGCAUUUCUCAAUCAGCAAUUGAAUGAUGAUGCCUCAGACAUAUCUGAACUCCCCAACUCCCUAAGCUCUGGCUUUUCUUUAGGAGGUAUGGAAAGUCACCGAGAAUCAUCUACUGCAGAUGGAUCUCCCUUUCAGUUUGGCACACUGGGUGGGAGCUUUAAGGACCUUUCUGUAGCUCAAGAGAGCAGCGACUCCAUAACUCCUCUCCUGCUUCACUUGGAUGAUGAUGAUUUACCUGAUGGUAACAGGAGCUCAAGAGAGCUUUCAUCUGAAUCUGAUGCUUUGAAAAUCAUGCUAGGCUCUGCAAUAAAGGACUCUAAUCCUGACCACUCAGCAAUAAAUAGUGGUAGAAGUGGGGAAGAUAUAGAACCUCUACCAACAGCUAGAAGCCUGUCGCCUCCCAUUCUACAGAUGAAAACUAACCUAGAAGCUGGUAACACGGAUACGACGUGGAGGCCCAUGCCCAAACUGGCACCACUUGGGUUAAAAGCUGCAAAUUUCCCUUUAGAUUCAGAAGGGCAGAAUACCAAGGUGAUGCCUUUAUUGGCGCCUGUUGCUGCAAAAGAGGUAUCUGCCCAAUCAGUAACUAGCUCAAGUCAGGACAGUAAAGCAAUGCCCACAUUGGUACCUGUGGUUACAAAAUCAAAAUAGUAUUGUAGCUUCAAAUGCUUUUUGUAAAUUUCCCAUCUGGAUUACUAAGCACAUGGUAUACCUGCAACAUCUAGCUUCCUAUGUUGUAUGUGCAUAUAUUGUAGAAUGAGCCUGUAAUUUAUGAGACUAGAUGCUUCAGAGACUGAUUGGUAGCAGGUGAUGACAAAUCAAGAGUGUAAGACCAGCUCCAAAAACAAAUUAUGUCCUUGCUCCGUUAACUUGCUAUUUCUGUAGAGUCCUAUGAAAUAAGAUGAGGAUCUAUAAUAAAUAUUAGGUAUUUUUUCACAUAAUUUGCUCUGGGACUAGGAAAUUGUGCAGAAAAAGUUCUUUCUAGUAUGCCAGAAGAAACCCAUUAAUUUAGUUGUGCAAACUCCAGAGGAGCUGUUCCUAAAUGGCAUGAAAGAUACAGUUUUGCUUCCUGUUUUCUGACACAUUGUCCCAGCAAGCGUUGCUUUAAACAUCUUUAUGCAUUUUUGGUGUCUCUUUUAAAAAAAAUAAUAAUAUUCAGGACUGUAAAUGGUUUGUGUGUGUAUAUAUCUUACCAUAGUAUGAAUUCAGGAGUUUUAAUAGUAGAAGUAAAAAUUAACAGAAAACUAAUGGAGUUGAACCACAAGAAGCAUUUUUCUUGAAUAUGUCUCUUAACUGAACUGUUAAAGGAAACUUCCCUUUUAAGCUAGUGAACAUGAAGGGAUUUCAUACUGUAAAACAAUUUAUAUUUUUGUACACAUCAUGUUUUUGUAAAUAUGUAACAUAAUGAAAUUUUCAUCUAGGAAAAUGUUAGUGAUUGUUUCCAAUGAUGAUGAUGUAAAUAAGAAUGUUUGAGAAUUUGUGAGGCAGGUCAAUCACUGUUGAAAUUUAUAUGAAUUCUGAAAAUAGCUGCAUUUUGCAUUUUUUUGAAUAAUUGUAUUAAGGAAUGUAAAUCUGUUCUUACUCUCCCAGCAGAAAGUGUUAAAGCUUCCUCAAUUCCUUGUGGUUUAUUCAUAUUAGAAACAUCCCUGUUACUCGGAUUGAGCCAAUUGGUGAGAGGCAGUCUUUUGCAAGAGUAUAGAAAGUAGAUAAGUUCCAGUCUUCUCACAUAGCAAAUGUAUGUGUACUUGUCAUCAUUAAGCCCCUCCUCCUUUCCUCCCAUGUGUAAUUUGGCUGUAUUGGGGUAGAACUGCACGUUAAAGCUAAUACUAUAAUCCUUCUUGAGACCUUUCUGUUGUUCAUUUAGUGCAGCUACUGAGGCUGCAAUUUGAAGUGGAAGACAGAGAGGGUUGGGUUACCCUUGCCUCUCAUGUCUUUUCCCCACUUUGUGGUGUUUUUCUGCUGAAAAUCGCCAGCUACUUUUACUCCUGCUGGGUAAUACUACAGGUACCUAUAUCUUUCCCCCCAAGUGAAUUUUUUAAAAUAGUUUUUGGAGGGGACAGGUGGGAAAAUAGCCAGAGAGAAAGCUUCCUCCUCGUAUCCUGCACACUGAAUUUCCACUUUACCUUUAUGGCUGCACUGUGUUAAGAAAAGUCUGAAAAAAGAAUUGUGGAAUUGCCCGUCACUUGUAAUUCCACCCUCAGUGGAAAUAAGUACUUUGACUCUUCUUUAUUUUGUAGUUUUACAAAGUAAAUGAGGUUCUAAGAUGUUGAGAAUGUGGCUAAUCACCCCAGAAUCACUUCUAAAUAGUAUGAUGGAGAACAUAAUUAUCUAUAUUCUGUAGUCUUCCAUAGCUGUACACAUUCUGUCCUGUAUUGAACUUCGGUUUGUCAUAGGCAUUCAUCUCUUUCAUGCUUGACAGUGUUCAUUCAGUGCCUUAGGAUUUGGAAAGGAACCUAGCAGUUACCUGUUUGGUUGAAACCCAAUCCAGUUCUUCUGCUUUACUGAUCAAAUUUUGAUACAGCAGUGUCAAAUAGAAUUGCUUACAUAUAUUAGACAAAUUAUGCUGUGUAUUUCUGCCCAGAAUUGUUCAAUCUGCUAAUCUACCUUUUUUUUGGUGGGCAGUGGGGAUGUGCCGUAAUGUGAUUCGGCUGUCCAAAUUGCGGGCACCUCCCUUUAAAAUAGAGGGCUUACAUAGCCCCUUUAAAGUGGAGGAAAGCAAGUCCAUUCUUGUUGCUCCUCCACUCGCCGCCAUUCUGGUGCUCCCCCCAGCUGUGCCGCCACGGCGUCUCCCAGCUGCCCCUGCACAGUGCUAACACAUGUGCAGUGGCCACUUGCGUGGCCAGCAUGGUUUCUGGCCACACACAUGACCACCCUGCAUGUGUGACGGCCGUGUGUGUCCCACUGCGCAGGAGCAGCUGGGAGACGCCCCACCGGCAUGUGGAUCAGGUACAAUUUUCAUACGGAGCAGGUAUGAUUUUAAAGGGGCUGUGUAAGCCCUCUGCAGUUACACCACUACUGUACUAGAAACUCCACAAAAAUAGCAUUAGAGUACAUGUUUCUUGUUCCUUUGAUUAAUCAGGCAGAGAAAGAUAUGUUACACAUUUUAUAUUUUUGCAAGGCUGUUUUGAAAGAGCUGUCUGCAUUCAAAUUUUAACAAUGGUCAGUAUAGAAUUAGGGCAAAAAAAUCUAUACCAGUAAUCAAGUUGGUUGGCAAGGCUCUUCAAAAUAUUGAAUGCAUUUCCCCUAAUUACUUCAUCCAUGGUCAGGUUUCAUCUUACAUUCCUAUGCUCCCAGACUUUUAAAAAAGUGAAUAAAAGUACAUCCCAAGAUACACAGUACUAUUCUCAAGGUGUUUCAUAGAUAGUCUCGAAAAUUAUGUAUAGUGUUUUCAGAUAAUAAUGCAAGAUUCUGAACUUUAUAGAGAACAUUUUUUAAUCAAGAGAAAAAUUGAAGCCUAAUUUAAUUAGCACAUUUUAAUUUGACCAAGAUUCCUGGAUAUUUGGUUUUUAGUAAAUCUGUAAAUAUGCUGAAAAGUUUUUAAGAAUACAUUGAAAUGUCAGAUUUUGUUUUUACUAUAUAUUGCGUCUCUUUCUGUAUCUCCCGCAAAAUGUAUUUUUGUAGACACCUUAACCAUAAAGCCUAUUUCAGUAACCAUGGAAGGAAGAAUCUGACAAAUUAAAAUAGUCUUCAACUAACA